GACGUGUUGCGUUACUGCCAGCGCGAAGUGAAACGCGGCUCGCGCUACGACGCGGUGAUCCUCGACCCACCAACCUACGGCCACGGCCCCAAGGGCGAAGCGUGGCGCCUCGAGCGCGACCUGCCUGUGCUGCUCGAAAUCUGCGCGACGCUCGUCGACCGCGCCCCGCAGUUCUUCCUGGCGACAUGUCACACGCCCGGCGUCGGCCCCGCGGAACUGUCGGCGUACCUCUCCGACGCGGUCGUCGGCCACUGCGGCCAACCCCCGGCGAGCGGCCGCUUGUGGCUGGCCACUCCGACGGGCCGGCGCCUGGAGAGCGGCGUGUGGGCCCGCUGGCCUCGGUAG